ACACCCUCAGCUUUUGGCGGGGUGUCAGCCAUCUUGGAAUCACAUCACCGUGUGGAACGAGGCUUGCCUGUUUCACGCUGCUGCAACUCAUUGAUAGCUUUUCUUUGGUUCAUCGGAAAAAACCGUUGCUCUGAUUCCAACUGAAACCAGCACACAACGCUUGGUUUUCUGUUUUUUAACUUCGUAGUGAAGCAAACUCAGGAUUGAUCGUCAUGGCGACUGUUCGCGUUACUCCAAGCCGAGAAGCUGGUCGGCCAGCGGCCUCUACGCCUCUGUCCCCCACCAGGAUAUCCCGCCUACAGGAGAAACAAGACCUGCAGCAUCUCAACGACCGGUUGGCCGUUUACAUCGACCGUGUCCGGUCGCUGGAGCUGGAGAACGACCGAUUGAUGGUCAAGGUGUCUGAGAAGGAGGAGGUUACUACCAGAGAGGUAACGGGCUUGAAGGCUCUGUAUGAGGCAGAGCUGGCUGAUGCUCGGCGGGUUCUGGAUGAAACGGCUAAAGACAGAGCCAGGCUUCAGAUCGACCUGGGGAAGGUCCAGGCUGACCUGGAUGAAGCCACUCGGAGUUCCAAAAAGAAAGACAACGAUCUCACUGCGGCGCUGUCCAGGGCCAACGGGCUGGAAGGGCAGCUGAAUAAGAGUGAAGCAUCUCUUGCCACAGCUUUAAGUCAGAACGCUGCCCUCAUUUCAGAACUUGCUGACGUAAAGAAUCAGCUGGUGAAGGCUGAAGACAGCCAUGCUGUGGCCAAGCGGCAGCUGGAGGCAGAAACCCUGAUGCGUGUGGACCUGGAGAAUCGCUGUCAGUCGCUCAGUGAGGAGCUGGAGUUCAGAAAAAACAUGUUUGAAGAGGAGAUGCGUGAGAGCCGCCACCGCCAGGAGCAGAGGAUCGUGGAGGUGGACUCUGGAGUCAGGCAGGACUACGAGUUCAAACUGGCGCAGGCUCUGCAGGACCUGAGGAAGCAGCAUGACGAGCAGAUUUCUCUCUAUAAGGAGGAACUGGAGCAAACCUUUAAGGCAAAGCUGGAUAAUGCCAAGAUGUCGUCAGAGAUCAACGACAAGGCCAUGGGCGCGGCCCGCGAGGAGCUGCAGGAAUCCCGAACCCGAAUGGAGAGCCUGGGCUACCAGCUGGCCGCACUGCAGAAACAGGUGUCGGCCUCAGAGGACCGCAUCAGAGAGCUGGAGGACAUCCUGUCUGCAGAGCGCGACAAGCACCGGCGCGCCGUGGAGGCCAAGGAGCAGGAGAUGACUGAGCUGAGAGAGAGGAUGAACGCCCAGCUUAGCGAAUACCAGGAGCUGCUGGACGUCAAGCUGGCUCUGGACAUGGAGAUCAACGCAUACAGGAAGCUGCUGGAGGGAGAAGAGCACAGACUGAAACUGUCCCCAACCCCAUCGGCCCAAGUGACGGUUUCCAGGAUAUCGGGCUCGUCCUCUUCCCGUUCCUCCAAGAGGAAGCGAGGCGAGGUGGAGGCAGCCGACCUGUCGGAGCUGGCCAAGGGAGACGAGCAGCUGCUGGUGUCUGAGGAGGCCAUGGCCAGCGGCGCCAUCACCAUAUCACCCACCGACAUGGAUGGAAACGCCGUCACACUCAACAACCAGAGUGAACAGGACCAGCCUCUGGGCAACUGGAGGCUGAAGAGGCAGGUUGAUGAUGGAGAGGAGGUCGUCUACAAGUUUUCCCCAAAGUUUGUUCUGAAGGCUGGCCAGUCCGUCACGGUAUGGUCUGCUGAUGCUGGUGUGGCUCACAGCCCACCCACUGACCUGCUGUGGAAGAGCCAAGCUUCCUGGGGAACAGGAAGUGUUAUCAUCACCUCUCUGACCAACGUUGAUGGCGAGGAGGUCGCCCGCCGCAACGUCACCAAGACUCAGAUGGAAGUUGAGAACGAAGAUGGGACUGAAGAGGAAAUGGCUCAGAAGGUCAAAGUGUCAUCUAGAGAGUGCGCCAUCAUGUGAAGUCCUCUGGUUAUAUUAAAGCCUUGGAGCUUCUUAAUUCUUUACUCACUUUUUUUAUAUGUAUUUUUUAUUGAAAGACACUCAGAUGUUCAUCAUCUGAUGAUGUUUUUGUUGAUCCAAGAAAUCCUCCUCCUUAUAGAAAUGAAGCUUCCCCACAAAAUAACCAGUAAAACCAGUGGAUCCAGAAGCAGUGUUCCAGUUGAACAUCCCCUCAUUAAUAUCAGAUUUAGACCUAAAUGAGUGAACAUAUUGUUUUUAAUGAUUCUUUUUUGAUUCUCUACAACUGACAGGAGGUCGAAACCUAAAAGACGAGCUCAGCUCAGCUCAGCGUUUUUCCUUUAAAAACGACACUUCCAUUCAUCUCUUAAAUAUUGUGUUAUAUUACCAGUGUGCUUAGACACAAACACUUUUUAGACUUGCAUAAGUCAGGCCUCACUACAUCCCUCUGUUAUCUUUAUUCUAUUACUUUUUCUGUCAUUUAUUCCAAAUAUAAAUCAGUUCAUUAGAUGAUCACCAAAUUCAACAUUUCUGUAUGGAAAUGCUUUUCAAGGUUUAGAAUCUUGAUAUUAAAGCAUGUAUACCAUUGCCAAAUAUAGAUUUCUGCGUAAGGACAAACACCUGGUGUAGAUUUGGUCUCAUUUAAACUUCGUGUUAGUUUGAAAUGAAAAUGUCUAGAAUGUAUUUGCUGCCAUUGACUGGUUUGUAGUGAGAGAAAUGUAUCCAGUGUGUGUUUUUUUUGGCUACAAAGGAGCAUGUGAAACACUAGGAGGAAUGUUUGCUAGCUGUCAGUACAGGAACACGCAAAUGUUUUUUUUUUAUUAUUAUUAUUAUUUUAACAAUUUUUUAAAAUUAUUUUUCUAAAAUCAGCUUUUUUGCCCAGUUCUUAAGAACACAUGGGAUGAAAGCAAGUACAGAUUUUAAAACUCAUAUUUUCAGAAUAAAAUUACUCACAGCCAUACAUCUCAGUAAGAACAUCAGCCGCCUGGUGAAGGGGAAGCUAUUUGUUGGGUUUUUAGCUCCAUAGCAACCGGACAGUAAAAGUCUGACCUGUUGCCUUCUCUACCUCACAUCAGCUCUUCCCUUUAUCUCCAGUUUAGCAGCUUGUGGACCUUCAGGCCAGUUUAAGUCACUAACCAUGAUCAUGUGUAAGCCUUCUAACAUGCAGCUCAGUGUGCUGUUGAACUGGGAGCAAUGGGAGUGUGCAUUUCCACUGUAAAUUCUCUGAACUUUGGGCUCGCAGUAAGAGGCAGCCAUGUUGGCCCCAUGACACUAAGAGCAUUUAGGAAUGCCUUUGUCUUCAAACCCUUGGCUUUGGGUGCUUUUGGAUAGCUCCAAAAACAUCUACUGACACUAGGUUUGUCUUAAGGAAGUCAAAGCUAGCAUCGGCUGUCACACAUCAUCAUCCCACCCUGGUUGGCCAGACACUGUCUUAUUCUAAGCUACAAAACGUCACAAUCUCUGGAGUUUACCUAGUGGAGAAGGCCACAUGAUGUUGAGUUAUUGCCUGUUUGUUUGUUUCCUGCCACUGACCAGGGAUGACUAACAUGUCUUCCUGGUGUCCUCUCCACUACGUCAGAGGUUGAUUGACUUUCAGAAUAAAUCACUUGUAUUAAAAGGUCUUAGCAUCAGUGAUGAGCUGUGUUUGAAACAGUCAAAGGGACUGCCAUUUUUCUUAGAAAAGAGAAUCAUGUUGGUCUACAUUUCCUCUCCCAGUUGCUUGGUGUCAGAUACCAAAGCAGCAGCUGGCUUUAACCCGGUCAGCUCCGGUCCACAACCAUCAUAGAUCCCUGGACAGGAAGCUCCUAUGAUGCAGUGAUUAAAGCGAUCAUCAUCCAUACUGGUUACUGUAGUAAGUGAGAAAUGUUUGAUUUGGUUGAGGUAUUUUAGUAACUGACUUUUGUGUUUGAAUGUUGUGCUUUAUAAUGUUAGUUUGGUUUUUACUUUUUAUUUUAAGUUUGUGAUUUUGUAAUAAUUGUGUUGAUAUUUACUAUGAUAAUUGAAUUGGGAGUUUUGUGAUGAAAUGUUUGUAGAUUGUUGAUUCUGAAGCAGAACCUGAACAUGUAGCCACAGAGAUAUGAAAAUUAGCCUGAUCUGAGAACAGCAGCUUAUCAGCAGAGCACCACCACCUGGCUGCUGCAUGUGCUACAGUCUCUGGUAGAUAAGUUCAAACUGACUGUUUUACAUUAAACAAUUAGAUUUUAUGGAGAAAGUUUCAAGUCUCAAAUUUUAAGAGGCACAUUUGCCUUUCAUGUGAGAUAUGACAUGACUAAACACCAAUUCUUUUAUCCAUAAUGACCUGGUAACCUACUUUUUUACAUACAAUAAAGAUUUUACAUUUAA